GAAAUGGACGCCCCUCUCUCCACCCCAUGCAACAUCCAGAUUUGCGAGGUCACCUGUGACUCCUUCCGCAUCAUGUGGGACAUGACCUCGGACGACACUGCCCUAGCCACGCACUUCUUCAUCGACCUGAGCCGCAAAGAGAGCAGGGACCCCAACCGCUUCAAACACAGGGAUGUGCCAACCAAGCUUGUGGCCAAGGCCGUUCCUCUCCCCAUGGCAGUGAGGGGACACUGGUUCCUCAGCCCUCGGACAGAGUACUGCGUAGCUGUUCAAACUGCUGUCCGACAGCCAGACGGGGACUACCUGGUGUCAGAGUGGAGCCAGGUGGUGGAGUUCUGCACUGGAGACUAUGCCAUGGAACACCUACAGCAGCUUCUUGACAAGGCAAAAGGCUCCGCAGGGAGGCUGCUGAAAUUCUCUGUGUUUUAUCGCAACCAGCACACCGAAUACUUUGACUACGUCAGGGGGGAAUGUGGAGGACUGAUGCGCCCAGCUCUGAAAGACAACAGUGGGAGUCACGGUUCUCCCAUCAAUGCCAAACUACAGGGAGUCUUCUUCAGCUGCAGCACUGAGUUUGACACAGGUCUACCUCCCAAAGAUUCCCCUUAUGGCCCGCUGCGUUACCAGAUCCCGGCUGGACACCUGCUGAACCCUGACAUCUGUCUGUACUUUGCAGACUUCUACUGUAUGUACACAGCCUACCAUUAUGUGGUGUUGGUGCUAGCCCCUGUCGGCUCAGAGGGAGAUACCUUCUGUCGUACCCGCCUCCCCAUGCUGGACUUGGCUUCCAACCCCUUCCUGACAUACACUCCCCCCCAGAGGGAAGGGGAAGAGCCUCUGUUCUGCCACUCCAGCGAUGUCAUCCUCGAGGUGCUUUUCACAGAGCCGGUUCAUUUGGAUCAGGGCAGCUUGGAGCAGAUCAGUGGACAUCACCAGCUGAUGAGUCUGACCACAGCCAAUGCCAAGAAAGACCCAAGCUGCAAAGUGUGCAACAUUAGCGUGGGACGCUGA